AUGUGGACGAUUGAACAAGGUGAACAAGAUGGUUCUUUUUAUAUUGCGGUAAAUGGCGCGAAAGCUGUCUCAUACAUUGAUGGGAAAGAAUUUGGCCAAAUAAUAGAGGCAUCAUGUGGGAGAAGUGCCUCGGAAAUUUACCUAAAGGUAGAAAACCAACAUAAAGCUGUUAAAUUUGACAUACUACAGUGUCAAACGCCAGAACUAAAAUCAAAAAAUGCAAGUGAAUUUGUGAAAAAACUGCAGACAAAAGGAAUAGCGAGAACGAGACAAAAGAAGAGGUCGUUACAGGAGAUGCUUGAGCCCAAUCCAAGUCUCAGUGGGGACAUCGUUGAGAGAUUACAUCAAGUCCCAUUGAGUCCUACAACAAUCAUUCCUGUUUUAGCAACUAAGAUGAUGAAUAAUGGGUCUGAAGACAAAGAGGAUAUAGCGAUGCAAUUGUUAUCAAAGCCCGAAAACUUUCACUUUGUGGCCCUCGGUGGCAAUCAUUUGAGACGAGCCAUUGUACAUAUACAAUCAAGUUUCAAAGAUGGCUAUGAGCAACUGACGGUAUUACGAUGCAGAGUGUUCAUGGACUUAACCGAAAUGGAAGCUAGAAGAGUGGCGAAUUCCCAAAACAACAGUCAAAUUUCACUGCCCGUCACAUUUCAGGACAGAGCCAGGCAGGCGCAGUAUUUGUUCAAUAAUGGGGGUGCACGUCAGCUGAGGCUGGUGCAGUCUCUAGGUUUGCCAGAUGGUAAAUGGCGAGAUGUUACAAGUAGGACAAGAAUGAAGGCAAAUAGGAUAAGAGCGAAUGCUAACAGAACGGGUGGCGGUCCUGGCGUGAAGUUAGAGGUAUUAAGACCCCUAGAAGAGCGUGUCAUAGGCCUCUUGGAACACACUCGGAUCUAUGGGAUGGAAACAGAUGGGAUAGAUAAAGCAGAUACGGCGUAUGUCGCAGUGCCAAUGUCGACCGAAUCUCACAAAGAGUCCCAACAGACCAUUUGUGAUGAAGAAAUAGUGGUCAGCCCGAACGAAGUUGCCGCAACGCCGAGUGAAGAUACAUGUAGGCCUACAUCAAAGCCAGAUGAACCAUCAUUCAUCCAGUUAGAACCUGUGCCAUCUGGCGAAGCCUUCAAAAGGCAUAUAGACCCGCAACAAUUGCAAGCUCCUUCAACUAAGCUAAACAUUGCCGAAGCAGCAUGACCGCAUUUGAGGCAGAAGUUGCAAGGAUCGAAAAGCAAAAGGCUGAUUCCUAUGAGAGAAUUGCUAUGGCAAUGGAAUGCGCUGUCA